AACAACAGCAAAACAUUUUGUGGUGGAUUUAACUGCAUGUUAUGUCAAUGUACGGUUAAAUUGAAAAUAAUCAUUUUUUAUCAAUCUUUCCCAUCUGGAAUGGGAUUUUGAAAAAUCACACCCACGGUUCUCUCCUAGUACUCGAUUUAGUACUUUUUUUAUCGAAAGCCCUAUCUAUGCCUACUCCGUGCCACCAUCGGUCUCUUUCGCGGCAGCAGCGGGGGCUUGUUGCCCGGCUCUGCGCCAAAACAAACAUUGCGCUCUUGGUGCUUAUGGCGGGAAAAUUUCAUAAAAUAUCAUUUGGACCAUCGCUGUGUUGCCAUCGAUAUAUGUAUCGAUAUAGCACCAUCGUAUGGUAUUUUUCAACAUUUCAGCCUACGGUCAGUUUAGGCAAAAAAGUGUUGCAAAUGGCCCGCAGAUGGCUGUAAAAAUUUCAAGGUGAAAAAAAUUUAUUGAUAAAUAGCAACAAGAAUACCGCAAAGGCCGACGGGAAAACGGCAAAAUAACUCCGAUCGGAACUGCACUAAAAGGAAUAUCAUUUCUAACAUUUACUGCAAUGCGCUAGUAAAACGAAGCCGAAGAAAUUGAAGAAAUUCCACGUGUAAACAUCCAAAGCAGAAAAUACAAAAGCCCACAGCAAAUAUUCCAAUUAAAACGGGAAAAAUGUACAGUGUGUGACAAAAUUAAAGUGCAGCAGCAACUAAAUAAUAAUUAUAAAUAAUAUAAAUCGAUAAAAUACUAAAUUCUAAGUCCUUAACGUAAAUAAAAUACAACAAUUUGUGGCGAAAUUCCGAAAAAACCAGUGCAACAGCAACUACGCGAAUACCCUCAAUACGGAACAGCUGUGCUGUGCUCCUGUGCAUGUGUGGGCGGCGGCGAGAGCGCGCGCGUGUGUGUGUGUGUAGGGUGUGCCAAACGUAAAGCGCUAGAUGGCGCUCCAGACUAUGCCAUUCUCGUGGUCGGCCCAAGCCCUUGUCGUCGUUGUCGUUGUUGCUGUUGCUGCGCACAAAACGCGGUAUGGUCUCCCCCCACUCUAGAAAUAUACAAAAUUAAAUCAAUUUCAAUCUAUUUAAUCUAACGCCAAAAGUGGGUGAGCGUGAGAGAGAGAGAAAGAGAGAGGGAAGAAAAGCGAAGCAACAAAAGUGUCGCGUUUCAAAGUCGGAUCGGUCGCGUUGCCGUCGUGUCGUGUCCGUGCGGUUCGGGCUCGGGUUCGGGUUCGGUUCGGGAUCAGUUGACACUCGGUUGCAACCUGAGAGCGCUAUGCAUCGUCAUCGUCGAAACACCUACGAAGCUGGCAACAAUUUGGCGGGAGAACUCUUUAAACUGACAGCAAAACAAACAAACAAUUAAAUUUUAGCACAAUUCCUAGUGCUUUUGACAACAAACAAAAACAACAUAAAAACCAACAACAACCAAUAAACAUUUAUAGGGAUUAAUAUAAUCCUUAUUAAGUAUAUUAAAUAAUUCUUUCGUGGCCCCAAAUAAUCCAAGAAUCGAUAGCAAUCCUGGAUUAUUUGCUAAAGACUUUGCGGACGCUGAAAUCCAAUUCGAUUAUGGCCGAGAAUCAAAGUGCGGCCAGCGAAGAUUCCGGUCAACAUCAAAAACAACAACAGCAACAGCAACCACUCAAUCACUCAACCACAGCGGCAACAGCAGCCGCAAGCACCACAACAACAACCGCAGCAGCAGCAACACCAACAACAACAGCAGCAACAACUGCUGGCCAAUCAAUCAAUCAAUCGCCCACUAACUCCCAGGCCUCAUCACCGGAGAACUCGCAGGAAGCGCUGCCCUCAACGGCCGGGAUCCGGCGACACCACCACCAGCAGCAGCAGCAGCAGCAAUCCACAGUAGCCGCAGCAGCAGCCACGACCGUCGGCAACAUGUUCGAUCGCACGGUGAAUGCAAAGUUCAAGCCGGGCACGGGCAACACGGGCUCCGGGAAUAAUCCACAUGCCGGCCGCCGCAACUCCCUGAUGUCGACCGCACGCGGUGUGACGGUGGGCGCCGGCGGUGGCAACAUCCGUAAGCUGACGAAGGUCAAUUCGCUGACCAGCAACCACCACUUCUCCGUCUGCUAUCCACCCAACAUAAACGCGCUGCCGGAGCGGUAUCAGAACAGCAACAACUCGAACAACUCGUCGGCUGCCGCGGCCGCGCUGCAGCGCACCACCAGCGAGAGUCUGCGCUUGAAUGCGCUCAAUGCGCGUGCCGGGGCAUCGUCGCGGGCCAGCAGCAACACCAGCCUGGCCUCCGCCACCACAACAUCCACGUCGGUGGCGCCCAAGACGAGCAGCAGUAGCGGCAGCAGCACCAGCAGCAACACGCAGCAGCAGCAACAGUCGCAGGCGAGCAGCAGCAGCAACAAGGCCAGUUCCCCCAACAAUAAUGGGGCACGCUCAAUGGCAGCAGCAGCAGCAGCAACAGGAACUGGAACUGGUGGGACUGGAGGUGCAGCUGCAACUGGCACAGCAGGUGGACAUCAUCAUCAUCAGCCACAUCACCACCAUCAUCACCAUCACCAGCAUUCGCACCAGCAUCAUCAGCAACCGCAACACACUAGCCACAGUCAAGGACACUCAUUAACCGUCGCCGGAGGAGGAGGAGGAGCAGCGGGAGCAGGAGGAGGCGGCGGCGGCGGUGGCGGCGGCUCUUCAGCCCCAUCCACGGGCAUCGCUGCUGUGGUGACGACCACACGCAAACCAAAGACGACUUCCUCAUUCGAGAUCACCUCGGUGACGGUGGGACAUCCGAAGCUGAAUGCUGCCGGUGAUACCGGCGACGAGUCCGCGGACGAUCUGGACGAAUCUCACACGGAUGACAACAGUCGGAUAACGGAUCUGGAGAACGAGACGCCUUCGAUGUCGGAGGACACGUUCUCCAAGGAGGAGGUCUUCUAUGCCAACAAUGCUCUGAGCACCAACGCCCCGGUGAUACCCACCAGCUCGCAGUACGGCCUUGUCGUGGUGGAUCCCAUCGGGCCGGCCUCCCUCGGCCAGACCAUCCAGAAUGUCCAGGUGAAUGUCUCCACCGACAACAACAUCAUCAAUGUGGUCAGCCACUCGGCGGUCACGCCCGGCGGCAGCAAGAAGAAGGAGGGCGGCGACGGCAUCAAGGAGACGACACAGCAUCGCAGCGAACGCUUCAAGGUGGUCAAAAUCGAGUCCACGGAGCCCUUCAAGCGCGGCCGUUGGAUGUGCAUGGACUACCUGGAUCACUCGAGUGUGGGCAACGGCGGGGCGGGCGGUGCUGGCGGUGGCAAUAAUAAUGAAAAGACUGGCUCUUCUUCUUCCGAGGCCGUGGUGGCCGGCGGCGAUGCAGCGGGCGGUGCAGGUGCCGCACCAGCAACGGGAGCCGAUGGCUCGGCUGCCGCGCCCCAAAAGACAACGCAGAGCAUGAUACUCCCGCCCACCCAUGCGCUGAUGGAGAAUCACUUGGAGGGCAAUUCGACGGACGCCAAUUGGAACUAUGCCGCGGAGCAGCAGCAAUCGCAGUCGCAGCAGCAGCCGCAACACCACCAGCAACAGCAGCAACAGUCGUCGCACCAGCAGCAGCAGCAGUCCCAGCUAAAUGCCACGCCCAGUGGGGUAAUGACAGCCCCUGCCACAGUGGUGCAUGGCAUGCACCAGCUGCUGAUGGAGGCGCAGCAGCAACAGCAACAGCAGCAGCAGCAGAAACUCUUCGACAGCGUCAAUGCCAAUGCCAAUGCCAAUGCCAGCUCUCCCAAUCCUAACCCCACGGUCGAGACGCCCAUGGAUUAUGCCCAAGCGGCGGCCAUGCAGCUGCAACAGACGCUGCAACAGCUCAAGCAGCGGGAGGAGGCCAUGGAUGUGCCGCCGGGCUUUCAGAACUACCAGCAGAAUGGCGGCGAUGCUGCAGCGGCAGCUGGCAACAAUAACAACAGCAGCAGCAGCACGGCGGCCACAGUUGCAACAGCCAGCGAGCCACCACUGUCGCCUGCCCCGCAGACGCCACAGAUCACGCCCACAUUUGCAGCAGUGGCAGCCGCCGGUCAGGCGCAAGCCACAUCCCAGAUCGAUGGGAUAGCCAGCAGCCAGCAGCAGUUCCCUCAGACAGCAGCAGCAGCACCACCCCCACAGCAGCAGCAGCAGAAGCAGCAAGUCCCACCUGCAACAGUUGCAGGGGCAGCGGCAGCGGCAGCGGCAGUUGCACCAACAGCCACCAGCACCCAACAGACUUCAAACACUUCCACAACAGCGGUAGCAGCAGCUGUGACCUUGCCGCUGUUAUCACACAUGACACACAGCUAUGAGCAGCCAGCCACUGUCGGAGUGGCAGCCACCACGGUGGGAGCAGCCGCCGUUGCGGCAGCAGCAACAGCAACAGCGAUUCCCACGCUGCAGCUGCAGAGUGCACCGGCCACCAUAGUCGAUCCGCAGCAAUUGAUUGUCCAGCAGCAACAGCAGCAGCAGCAGCCGGAGGAGCAGCAGCAGCAACCACAACCACAACAGAUACCCCAAACAAAUAUCGCGAGUGUUAGUGCCAAUAAUAAUAAUAAUAAUAACAAUACUAAUAGUAAUAUAAAUCUAACGAAUCCAAAUGUCGUCGUUGCCGUGGAGGCCACACCAUCAUCAGCAUCGGUGGUGGUGCUGCCCUUGACGACCGAUGACCAAUCGACAACGGGAGCAGCAGCAGCAGGAGCAGCAGCGACAGCCACCACUGCAGCGGCAGGAGCAGCGGCAGGAGCAGGAGCAGCAGCUACAGGAGGAGCCACCACAUCGACAUCAGCAGCCACACAGCAGCAGAUCCAACAGCUACAACAGCAACCAAAUGCAGAAUCCGAGACUGAAAGCUUUAUACCCGCCUCGUCGAACGCCAACAGCAAUCGGAAGAGGGCCUUUAGCAAUCCCCAUAUAGGAGGACCCCACGAUGCCGCCGCCUCCGGCCAUCGACUGAAUCCGCACCUGUAUUACUAUAACAAAUCGCAUUCGGGUCGGAGUUCGUUCUGUGUGGACGAGUCGCUGUGGCCCACGAAUGCGGCGCGGGUUACGAGCGACACGAAUCUGUACACGAUGCCGAAUAAUGCCAGUGCCAGUGCCGCCGAUGAGGACUAUGAGGAGGCCAUCGAUCAGUUCUCGCCCACGAUAUACAGUCAGAGGGCGAGCCGAUCCAUACCGAUACCGAAUAGUGCCGGCAACAGUCCGCAGCACCAUCAGCCGAGGAUCGGCUCGUCGGGCGUCAACUACAUGGCGGCGUUCAGUGCCAGUCCCUUGAUCUAUGCCCAUCCCUACUCGCCGUUCUAUGCCAGCUCGCCGGACACAACUCUAUCCUCACCCGUCCAUACACCCGGACACCCAGGCCUUCAUCCUGCUGCCGCCACUGUUGCCGCCGCCUCUGCCCAUCCAUCGCGCAGAUCCCUCAGCUAUGAUCCUGCCUUCCAUCACUUGCAAGUUCCCCAUGCAGAGCGACGUUCCCGUUCGCCGCUGGAAUGUGCCACGGUUUUUGCCGCCGUGGCUGCAGCUGCCACGGCAUCCGCAUCCGUUUCCGGCUCCAUCUUGGGGGAUACCACAAAAUCCACUGGAGUCAACAGUGCAUCUGGAACAAGUGCAGUUGCGAUUGACAACAAAAUCGAACAGGCAAUGGAUCUGGUCAAAUCGCAUCUCAUGAUCGCCGUGCGCGAGGAGGUGGAGGUCCUAAAGGAACGCAUCUCCGAGCUAAUGGACAAGAUCAAUAAGCUGGAGCUGGAGAACAACAUCCUAAAGUCGAACAUACCGCAGGAGACGCUGCAGCAGCUGCAGAUGCAGCUGCAGAUCGCCGGCACCCAGCAGCCGGCGGCAGUGGGCGCCCCCCCGGCCACGCCGGCCAUCCAGGCCCCACCUGCAGCGACAGCGGCAGUGGCAGUGGCUGCAGUCGCAGCUGGCGCUGGUCAGGCAGCAGUGGCUACAGUGGGAGCAGCUACCAGUCCCGCAACGGCAGCGGCCCCCACAACCAUUCCCAAUGGCAGCGCUGAGAAUGGCAGCAGCGUCAUUGUCGAUGCAGUGGCAGCGGUGGAGCAGCAGGUGCAGUCAGCAGCAGCAGCAGCGGCGGCGGCGUCUGGACAGACAGCACCUGUGAACACGAACGGCCCCAUGUCCUAGGCUGUGGGUGUUAGUGUUAGUUUUCUCUCCUGGAACGUAACAUGGCCGAGGCGUACACAGACCCGGCCACUGGAAUGUGGGAAGAGUAACCGUAAUGUAAGCUCAACUUUGUCUCUUUCGAAUGCCAGCGUCGCCGCAGCCUGCGGCACACGGACCGAGCAAGAGGGAGAGAGCAAAGCGAAACUCAGAGCAGGACGGCAACAAUAACAGUAACAGAAAUAGCAACAGCAAAUGCAAACCACUUAACAGUCUGCAAAUGAAAGUAUUAGUUAACAGCGAAUGUUGUCUGGACAUGUGCUAUUGUUGCUGGCUGUUCCUGUACCGCUGUGCAGUCGCUGUUUUGUUAAUUUCUCGAUUGUGAUAUUUGUUUAACACACACACAGACACACCACCACCACCACCACACACAACACACACAUUUAAGCAAUUCAUACACAUACAGACCAACACACAACACACAUAGACUGCACGUUAACAAUGGCUGCGGCUGCAUGCUGUUAACGUCUGCUGUUAUGCUUAACAGAAGAAGAUGAAGAAUUACAGUUAGUUUUAAAGAGGCGCUGCUGCGCGGAAACAGACAUGAUUUUGUCCACCGUCUUUGUUUGAUUAUCUUUUAUCCUUGUUUACCGUUUGUUUCCAUGUUAUUAACGCUACAAAUAAAACGUGAAAAACCCCCAAUAUAAAAUAAAAUACCAUGUAGAUGUAUACUAUGUAAUGGCCACAAAAUAAUACUUGCAGAAAGUAGAAUUUUGGCCAAAAACAGCAGCAACAGCAAACACACACACGCAAAUCAAUAAACUGUAAAAGAGAGCGCUUGGGAAAUGCAGAAAAAGAAUAAGAAGAUGAAGAUGAAGAAGAAGCGGAAGAGGAUGGAAGGAUGAAGAUGGUAGAGAAGGAUAAAGAAAGGAAAUGUAAAGAAAAAUAUGUGAUAAUUUGCAUUGUGCAGUCAGAGACAUAAGAUGUAAAUUGUAAAAAAGCAAAUAACAAGAGAAGCGAGAAAGUAAAAUUCAAAUUUCCACACAAUAUUUAAAUAUGAUAAAAAAAAAGCCAGCUGCUAUUUUUAUAAUUUACAUUUAAAACCUUACUUUUAUUGUACAAAAACAAAACAAAACCAACAACAAAGCAAAAACCACACAGCAAAUAUUAACUAAAUCAUAAUUAUGCAUGUUUCAAAUUUAAACAACAAAAAAAAACGAAAAAAACGUAGAAAAUUGUCGUAGUUUUAGAAUAUUUUCAAGAUAUAUUUUUAAAAAAAUUGUAAAACUAUUCGCAAACCAAACAAACACGAAAGCUUAUCACAAUUGUUUGUUAAAAUUCUUAAUCAAUCAACAAUAACUGUAAAUAUUGUGUAAAACUUAACUCAAAUUGAAAAUUGAAAAUUGAGAACAAAACAAAAUUGAAACAAAAGCAAAAAACUUCAAAAGUGACAAAGAAUACUGAGGAUCCAAUGCAAAGAAAAAACAAGGAAAACAAAACCCGCAAAACCCAACAAAACGAAAUGAAAAAGUUAAACUGUAAGAAGAAAGUGAAAAAGGUCGUCCUAUUUUUUGUUAUAAUUAUUUAGUUGAUAGUUUUGCAUUAAUCUUUAUUUCAAAAUGCCUCGAUGUUUAUACAAAAUCUGUUAUAGGAUUUUUUUCCACAUUCGUUUUUCGUUACCCCCUCGCACUCGAACACCAGACCACCAGACUCCCACAAGAAGAAGAAAGAUGAAAAAUGUUUUGCUGCAGCACAGAUAUAAAGGUGUGAAUCCCCAUAAAGGCAAUGCUUCCAACAGGAAGUCAUUCCCUGCUGUUCGGACCGUAUCCGCCCCCUAGAAGCCAAGUUUUGAAAUGCCAGAACGCACUCACUCAUUUGGGGCACGGCAGAACAGCCUGCCCCAGCCCUGCCCCACACUCAAUGCAACCUGCGGAGACUCAAAUUGUCUAGGGUUUGCGUGGGCAGGAAAAAAGGAAAGCUAGAGAAAGAAUGGUAGAAAUAGAAACCAUCCAAAACGAAAAGUGAAAGAAGAAUGUUGUGAAACCAAAUAAAUACUCUCAUUGAAGUGCUCAAAACUUGCGUUCUACCCGGCGGAUACACGGACGGACUACCCAAAACCCAUAGUAAUUCUGUUCAAAGUAUUUUUCCCAUGAUUUUUAUUUUCAAUUCAUGUCUAGUUUUCCUCCUAUGAUUUCUACAUUUUAAGUCUCUUUUUAAGCUUAACUAUUCAUUUAUUAAUUAGUUUGUAAGUGCAGCCACAAUUGCAAAUAAAUUAAACAAAACGAUACAAAAUCAA